AUGCUAGAGGAUUCUAGCACCGAGCGCCCUCUCUACGGCGGUGCAGUUUCCAGCAACUUCCCUGUUAGAUUCCAGGAUGUGAGCAAUAUUCGACAAGUUCCUGACCAUCAAGAGGUAUUUGUGGACCCAGGUCGUGAUGAAAGCUUGGUUUUCGAGCUACUAGAUUUCAAGCCUGAUGUGAAUGAUAAUGGAAGUGCCGUUUGGUUUCUUCAAGACCUUGCCAAUGAGCAACACGCUCAAGGAUUUACUCUAGUUGAGCAGUCAGGGGUGGUUGAGGCUCCAAUGGGGAAUGUUUCAGUUGUUAUUACUACAGCAAUUGGGCAGAUGGCGAUUUCUAAAGGACGGCAAGGAAGGGAAGCCCAGAAUGUUGUGCAGGUUUAUUUGGCUAAUCUUCGACUUAAGAAUGUUGGCACUGACGUUCUUGUUGUUGCUUAUGAACCGAUUUUGAUUAGUCCUUUGAGUGAAAGUGCUGCGCCUGUUGGUGCUGGUUUACCUGCUCCGGCAGUGCAAUCAGGCUUCUUGCCAAUGGCUGAUGUUUUUAAGCUUGCUGUUUCAAGUUUCAAAGUGGAUAUCAGGGUUGCACCAGGAACUCAUGCAACUGAAGCUGCAGAGCGAGCAGCUGCAGCGUUGGAAAACCCAAACCUGGUGGAUAUGGUUGAUGAAGGUUUGGCUAUGCUUCCACGAGGUCCAGUGCCACCUUCAGGACCUUCUCUAUGCCAUCACAAGCUUGGCCCGUACGCUCAGAGUGAAUCGUCCGCGCCAGAUGAUUAUGUUAUGUGCCCAUAA